UUCGCUGAAACCGAGGUUCACUUCUGUGCUGGAAGUAAGUGGGACGCCUCGUCAGUCCUUUUUUACAGUUUUAUUUUAUUUGUAUUUAUUUUUUUACAGUAAGCGACUGUUCCGCUUGUCUCUGUCACUUGUGAGAAACAGAGGUGAGGGAAGGCUAUCUCUGCACUCCUGGGCUCCUCUCCUGAAGGAAGGAAUGGAGAAUCAGCGAAACAGCAGAAUAUUAAAUCAACUCCAUAAAUCAUUUGUAUUACAUUCACGGCUCUACGAAAACACGCAGAUGAUAAUAUUGUUGUAUCUGUUGCUUCUGGGAGGUGUUUGUAAUGCAGAAACUGAAGAGACAAUGUCAGUGAUGGAAGGAGAUUCUGUAAUUCUACACACCAAUCUUUCUGAAAUACUGAACGAUGAUACUAUACUCUGGGGAUUUGGACCUAAAGAAUCAGUCAUAUCUACAAUAACUAGAAAGAAUGACUUGACCUCAUUCUUUGUCACCGAAGAAGUGACAUUCGCAGGCAGAUUACAGGUGGACCAACAAACUGGCUCUCUCACCAUCAGAAACACCAGGAAGAUACACUCGGGACAAUAUAAACUAACAAUCUCUAGCAAGAAGACCACAUCCAGGAGAUUUCAUGUGAAUAUCUUUGAUGUGGUUGAAGAGACAGAUGGAGUGAAGUCAGUGUCAGUGAAUGAAGGGGAAUCUGUGAUUCUACAGAAUGAUGCUGCUGAAUUACAGAAAGAUGAUCUGGUCAUAUGGAGGUUUGGAGAUAAAGGCAUCCUCCUAGCUAAAAUCGAUGUAGAAACUAACAAUCACUCAUUAAAUGAUGCUGAUGAACGAUUCAGAAACAGACUAAAACUAGAUAAAACUGGAUCUCUGACCAUCACAAACGCCAGAACCGAACACGCUGGACUGUAUGAAGUACAGAUCAGAGGCCGCGGGAGCUCAAAGCAGUUCCUUGUUUCUGUCAGGGCUGAUUUGGGUUUGUCUUCAGCUGCCAUAGCUGGGAUAUUUGUUGCUGUUCUGCUGGUGGCUGGACUUUUAGCUCCUGUUGUGAUUUACUAUCGCCACAUGAUCUCUGAAGUAAAAAAUCAAGAGGCUGAGAUAGUGUCCGAGAUGGAAGGAAGAACUGUCGCACUACUGACCGGUACUAAACUACAGAACGGUGAAGAGAUCAAGUGGUGGUUCGGAGAUGACCACAAUCCCAUAACCCAAAUCAGUGGAUGGACCAUUACAGAUGAUGAUAUAAAUUGUGAUGUUACUGAUGAGAGAUUCAGAAGCAAAGUGCAGCUGGGUGGUAGGACUGGAGAUCUCAUUAUCAGUUAUAUCAGGACCAUUCACUCUGGAGUCUACAGAGUACAGAUCUCCGGCAAAACCAGAAAAACCAAAUACAAGAAGAAAUUCUUUGUUACUGUCAAUGUAAUGAAAGUGCCAGUGAUGGUUGGAAAAUCUGUCACUCUAAAGACUGAUAUUGAAAUAAAGGAAGGAGAUCUGAUACUGUGGACCUUUGGAGUUAAAAACGGUCUCAUUGUUAAAGCUGAAUCAGGAAAAACUACUAUUAGUGAGAGCUUCAGAGGCAGACUGGAGCUAAAUGAACUGCUGAUCAAUGGAUCUCUGACUAUCACAAACAUCACAGAUGCAGACUUUGAACAUUUUCAACUACAGGUCCUCAACAGCAAACGGAACAGAUUCAGGAGAUUCAAUGUGAUCAAAGGUGUUUGUAAUGCAGAAACUGAAGAGACAAUGUCAGUGAUGGAAGGAGACUCUGUAAUUCUACACACUAAUCUUUCUGAAAUACUGAACGAUGAUACUAUACUCUGGGGAUUUGGACCUAAAGAAUCAGUCAUAUCUACAAUAACUAGAAAGAACGACUUGACCUCAUUCUUUGUCACCGAAGAAGUGACAUUCGCAGGCAGAUUGCAGGUGGACCAACAAACUGGCUCUCUCACCAUCAGAAACACCAGGAAGAUACACUCGGGACAAUAUAAACUAACAAUCUCUAGCAAAAAGACCACAUCCAGGAUAUUUCAUUUGAAUAUCUUUGAUGUGGUUGGAGAGACCGAUGGAGUGAAGUCAGUGUCAGUGAAUGAAGGGGAAUCUGUGAUUCUACAGAAUGAUGCUGCUGAAUUACAGAAAGAUGAUCUGGUCAUAUGGAGGUUUGGAGAUAAAGGCAUCCUCCUAGCUAAAAUCGAUGUAGGAACCGACAAUCACUCCUUAAAUGAUGCUGAUGAACGAUUCAGAAACAGACUAAAACUAGAUCAAACUGGAUCUCUGACCAUCACAAACGCCAGAACCGAACACGCUGGACUGUAUGAGGUACAGAUCAGAGGCCGCGGGAGCUCAAAGCAGUUCCUUGUUUCUGUCAGGGCUGUUUGGAGUUUGUCUUCAGCUGCCAUAGCUGGGAUAGUUGUUGCUGUUCUGCUGGUGGCUGGACUUUUAACUGGUGUUGUGAUUUACUAUCGCCGCAGGAUCACUGAAGUAAAAAAUCAAGAGGUGUCUGAGAUGGAAGGAAGAACUGUCGCUCUACGGACUGGUACCAAACUACACAACGGUGAAGAGAUCAAGUGGUGGUUCGGAGAAGACAACAAUCCCAUAACCCAAUUCAGUGGAUGGACCAUUACAGAUGAUGAUAUAAAUUGUGAUGUUAAUGAUGAGAGAUUCAGAAGCAAAGUGCAGCUGGGUGGUAAGACUGGAGAUCUCAUUAUCAGUUAUAUCAGGACCAUUCACGCUGGAGUCUACAGAGUACAGAUCACCGGCAAAACCAGAAAAACCAAAUACAAGAAGAGAUUCUUUGUUACUGUCAAUGUGAUGAAUGUGCCCGUGAAGUUUGGAGAUUCUGCCAAUCUAAAGACUGAUAUUGAAAUAAAGGAAGGAGAUCUGAUACUGUGGACCUUUGGAGUUAAAAACCGUCUCGUUGUUAAAGCUGAAUCAGGAAAAACUACUAUUAGUGAGAGCUUCAGAGGCAGACUGGAGCUGGAUGAACUGCUGAUCAAUGGAUCUCUGACUAUCACAAUUAUCAGAGAUGAAGACUUUGGACAUUUUCAACUACAGGUCCUCAAUGACGAACGGAACAGAUUCAGGAGAUUCAAUGUGAUCAAAGCUUCCGAAGAAGACAAAGUGAGGGAACAGAUGGAAAUGACCCCACUGCAGUCUCAAGAGUGUGGAAACUAAGAGGAUGAGCAGCAGGGGACGAGUUCACCUCAAUAAGACACGCCCAUCAAUCUUUGUGACAUCAUCAACUGAAUGUCCAUACGUCUCAAUGUUCAUACUAUUCAUCCUAAACAGUAUGUGAGAUUAGAAUAAGUGUGUCCUAAAGCAUAGUAUGUUGAAAAGAGUAUGCCAAAAUUCCCUGGAUGGUCUACUAUUUCAGAUCGAUUUCUGAAGUGUGGAUCCGUGCACAGUCUAAUGGCUAAAAUGAAUGAUUCAGUCCAGAACUACAAACAGGAAUAAAAUGUGUUAGAAAAACUACAAAUGUGGUGGAUGCGCGUGAUCGACGGUUAGGUAGAGAGGUUUACAAAAUAGGGUUCAGGCGUAAUUUGCGGGGGGAUUGGUGGGACAUUCCCCCACACCUUAUUGCCAGGAUCAAUAUUAUCUCUGCCACUCUUUGAAAGUAGGUGUAAUUAAAAAUAAUAUUAUUUAUAUUAGAUUAAUUAUAUUAAAUUAAUUAUUAUAAUAAUAUAUUAACCAUACAUAACGUAGGCCUAUAUAUAUUCCACGCUCAAGCUUGCGUAUAAAACAGUUGCCUCAAAGCACCGGCAAAGUGAUUAUAAACGUCUCGGGGGAAAAGAAGACAUUGUAAUUAUUUAUUAAUAAACUACUGCUUUCUGAGACGGGUUGCAGAAUGCGACCACCAUCUCCACAUGGAUGUGCCUCUAAGAAUGCACCUUUCCAUUCGAACUACAAAAUUAAAGAAUAUCCUGUUUUGGUCAUAUUUUCUAUUAACUGCAGGUCUCCAGACUGCAAUCGACUAAAGUUUGUGAGUGGUCGCACUGGCUCUGCAGGAAGUGGUUAAACUCAUUAAAACUGCCAUUUCUGUUGCAUAUGAGAAACAUCACAUGACAGCGCAGUGCUUCGAGUGUAGAGCCUGUUUGUUCUCCCCGUGUCGGCAGGAGUUUCAUAGACGCACUCAGCAAAAAUGAUGCAAAUAUUGAUGGUUUUCACGCUAAAGUAAAGUAAAAGACCACUUCUGAAACCAGAGAAGGUGAACAUGUUAGUAAUCUUGUGUGGAAUUAAAACAAACUUACAGCACUGUCACCGACAGCAAGUUUAGUUUUACUUUUAUUUUCAUUUUGAAAAGUUCAUCAUUACUGUUUACCUCACAUUAUGCUACAGAGGCUCUCUUUUAUUUUUUUUAUUUUAAUCCUCUUUGUUUGCUAAACGUUCUGUCAUUUAUGAGUCAGUAUAUCCUAAUACAGCAUAUAGUGUAGGCUUAUGCCAUGCCUCCUCUUAUUAGUUUUUUAUAAUAAACAUUUUGUUAGCUAGUUUGUCAUUGAAUCUUCACAAAAUUAAAAUCUCAAAUAACACUACUGAUGAAAAAGAACAGGUUUAAUGUUAACCCUUUCGUUUCCAUAUAACUAUAAACCAGGGUUCCUCAGUUAGUUUUCACUGGGGGCUGAUUUCUGCCAAAAACACCAAGCCAAGGGCCACUGACCUAACCCCCCGCCCCGGUAGUCUGUUUUUAUGAACAGUUUUGCAUUUAGAUGCAGAAGAACUUUGCCUGUUGAAUAUUCAAAACAUACGAGUAACCAAAAAAAAUCUGGAUCUCCAUGUCUUCCAUGCAAAUCAACUAUUCCUGAUCAUCUCCAGACUGGAUCUCUUCUCUUCAAUUUCCCUAAUUGCAGAUCCAAUCAUUAGAUCUGUCAUCAUUAAUAUGUUUAUACUUAAUCCCCAAGUAAAUUAGGUUAUUCAAUAAAAAGAUAAAAAACUAGCAAAACAAGUUGUGCGGUGUCCCCACAGCUUUUCAAAGCAAAGUUACGCCACUGGGUUUGAGUUACUAAUGAUCAACAAUUAACCUGGUAAAAAAUAUUUAUUUAGAGUUGUCCGUUUUAUAUUUCUUCUUCAUCAGUAAUGUAUAAUUUUAUAAACACCCAUUCGGUCGUUAACUUUUAAAUGCAUCAUUAAAUGCAUCUUCUCUCCAGUACUGUAGGAAGUUAAAUUAAAUGAAAAGUGGAAGAUGUUAACUGUGACAAGAUGAUUGACAGACCAGUUUACAGUGACGGGGCAUUCUUUAACUGCCUUCACAGGAUUACUUCCCCUUAAUUAUUUAAAUGCUUAGUGAGGGGGAAAUUACAGCAGCUUUUAUGGAGAAACAUAGGUUAGAAAAAAAAAAACGUGUUUGUGUAUUGUUAGAUGCUAGUUGAUAUGGCAUGAAAUGGCACAUGUAGAAAUGUAUGUAAUCCAAUACUUUAAAAAACAGCUUUAAAAGUAUUGUGUUUAAGCUAAUGUUUUGUCACACCAGGAGCCUCAUUUAUAAAGUUUGCAUGUUCAGAUUUGAUCAUAGAGCGUGUGUAGGCUUAAAUAUACGCUAACAGUUAUAUUUGUAAAAGCUUUCGUUGACGUGGAAGAGUGCCUAGCAUCACAACAGGGUCUCGCACUUUUUCUUGUCAGAGUACUGCAGGUUUUUGGAAAUGUAAGCUGUUCUUGCAGCUCGAUGUUCCAAACUAAAGAAUUUAGAUGAUGACUGGUGAUCUUUUAAAUGUUAAUGACACUAAUAAAGAGUUUUUUACAAGGCAGAGAGCUAAAACCAUUAAUUUGCGAUUGAUAGAAUUCACAUUUGAAAGAGAGGCAUACGUGUGUUUUCGGUGCGUACGUUCAUUCUAUGAAUCACAUGUACACGUUUGAGAAAUUAUUGUAAGAUCAAAUUUAGGAUGGUUUCUGUGCAACAUUUUAUAAAUGAGGCCCCAGGGGUGUAGCUGUCAAAUACAAUAAUUUUAUGUAUUCAUGCAUUUAUUUUUUUUAUACAAGGAUUAAUUUUUUUUAUAUAAUACUUUGAAUUUGCUAUGAGAAAUCAAAUACUUCUGGACAAUAAUCAAUGAUUUGUAAUCUAUAAUGUUUUCAAUAGGCACUUUUAUGAUUGUUUUAUAUGCUACAAACAAUUAUUUACAUUUUCUGCACAGAAUAAAGUAGAAAAUAUACUUUAUAGUUUCUGUACUGUAAUAAAUUAUAUGUAAAUUAGCUCUGCAUCAUUAAUAGAUUGAAUUUCUUGUGUUUAUUGUCUUAAUGUUUAACCAGUUCAUUCUGCUUUUUGUUUUCUUAAGCGUAGCUGCAUAGAUGUGUUUGUCCAUAUUAGGCAUUUCCUGGCACUCCUUAAGCCUGAGACACACUGAACAAUUUUCAACAAAGAUUGAAAGAUUGGGAUCGUGAAACAAUCAAUUUCUGAUUCAAUUUCAAAUUCAAAUUUUCUCCAUUCUGUCACCGAUGGAGUUUCGGUUCCUUGCUGCUGUCGCCUCUGGCUUGCUUAGUUGGGGUCACUUCAUCUACAGCGAUAUCAUUGACUUGAUUGCAAAU